AGAGGGGGGAGAGACCCCAUUGGCCAGCACGGGGCGAGCCCCGUGACGUCACCUGGCGUGGGGACAACCCUCCCCCCAAUCCCGGGGCUCCCCAAAGUGUUGGAACCGGACAAUGGGGCGGCCCAGAGCGGGGCACCCCCGAAACCGCACGCCCGGGGCACCCCCCUCCCGCUCCCGUGCCGGGGUGUGCCCCCCAAACCAGGCACCCCCAGUCCGGGGCGCACCCCCCACGUGCACCCCCGGGCGGGGCUCCCGGUGCCCGAAUGGGUCCCCGCUUUGGGAGGGAAGGGGAAGGACCCCAUGGGGAGCCCGGGGGAGGACCCUGCUUGUACCCCUCCAUCCCCCCAGGAACGGGCGGGCGACCUCUCCCGUCCCCCCGGGCCGUGCCCCCGCCCCCGGCCCCCGCCCUGCCCCCGCCUCCGCCCGCCCGCACCGCCCCCGCUGCCCGCACCCCUGCGGGUGCUGCCCACACCCUCCGGUACCCGCACCGUGCCCGCGCCCCUGCCCGUACCGCUGCCGGUACCGCUGCCUGCACCCGCCCUGCCCUGCCCGCAUCCCCGCUCACUGCCCGCAUCCCCGCCCUGCCCUCCCCGCAUCCCCCUGGGUUCCCGCAGCCCCGCCGUGCCCUGCCCGCCGCCCCGCGCCGCCUAUGGCCCUCCCGCGGCCCCGCACCCGCUGGGUGAGCGACUUCUUCUCCUACGAGACCACCAAGUCGGUGGUGGUGAAGAGCUGGGUGGUGGGCGUCGUCAACCGCGGCGUCCAGCUCCUCAUCCUCGCCUACUUCGUCGGCUGGGUGUUCCUCCAUGAGAAAGCGUACCAGGUGCGGGACACCGCCAUCGAGUCCUCCGUGGUCACCAAGGUGAAGGGCGUGGGGCGCUACGCGGGGCAGGUGAUGGACACGGCCGACUACGUCACGCCCCCCCAGGGCACCUCGGUGUUCGUGGUGGUCACCAAGCAGAUCCGGACCGAGGAGCAGGCGCAGGGCGUGUGCCCGGAGAGCGAAGCCGCGUUCCACUGCUCGGCGGACCGGGACUGCCGGGAGCUGAGCCCGGGCACGAGCAACGGGCUGCUGACAGGGCGCUGCGUCCCCUACAACGCGACCCUGCGCACCUGCGAGAUCCAGGGCUGGUGCCCGCCCGAGGUGGACACCGUUGACGUCCCCGUCAUGCUGGAAGCUGAGAACUUCACCCUCCUCAUCAAGAACAGCAUCCGCUUCCCGCUCUUUGGCUUUGAGAAGACCAACCUGCCACCCCCUGGCAGCGGGGCGGAGCUGGGCCAGUGUCGCUUCCACCCACAGCUGCAGCCCCUGUGCCCCAUCCUGCGCCUGGGGGACGUGGCACGUCUGGCUGGGCAGGACUUCCCCGCGCUGGCUGCCACCGGGGGGGUGCUGGGGAUCAAGAUCGGGUGGGUGUGUGACCUGGACCGGGCCUGGGAGCGCUGCCUGCCCCGCUACUCCUUCACCCGCCUGGACAGCCUGGCCCGGACCCCUGCCCCUGGAUACAACUUCAGGCACGCCAGGUACUACCGCUGGCCCGACGGCUCCGAGCGCCGCACCCUCAUCAAGGCCUUCGGGAUCCGCUUUGACGUCCUGGUGUAUGGCAGCGCCGGGAAGUUCGGCAUCGUCCCCACCCUCAUCAACACGGUGGCUGCCUUCACCUCCAUCGGCGUGGGCACGGUGCUGUGCGACAUCAUCCUGCUCAACUUCCUCAAGGGCGCCGAGCACUACAAGGCCCGCAAGUUCGAGGAGGUGUCAGAGGCCGGCGUGCCCGCCACCCCCUCAGCGUGUCCCCCCGGGGCGCUGGGGACCUGCUCCCGGGACAAGCAAUCCACCGACUCGGGCACCUUCUCCCUCGGCCUCUAGCCGGGGGGGCCAUGGGGCAGCCCCCCAGCCUGUCCACCCCGCUGAGGGGCUCACCGGGACCCCCAUCAGGCUCCAGGGCUCCCCCUGUGAGCCCCUACAGCAUCUGACUGGCCCCAGUGCCCACCCCGGCUUGUCCCAGUACAUCCCAGUGUCUCCAGGAGGUGCCCCAGCCCUGUCCCUUGCCCCCAGGGCACCCCUCUCCCAGCACCUCCCUGUCACCCCAC